ACAAUUGUUAACAUAAUGUUAAAAUCAUUAAUGAUUAUCAAUAGUCUGGUGCUAUUGUUGUUGUUUGCAAUUAGUUUGGUUGCAACACAAGAGCCUGAGCUGACAAUUAGCGACACAUUUAUGGGAGCCGGCAAUGAUGCUGAUGUCGGUGCCGGCUAUUAUGAUGAUAGCCGAUUGACAAAGACCAGCCAAAUCAGACAACUGGCCGAUUGUCUACAAUUGACUAAACAGAUGGUCAAAAAUUGUACGAAACAGUGGCGCAAACAGCAGUGGAAUUGGUCGACAACUAAACUAAGACAACGGGGAAAGUGUUGCCUCAAUUGGGUAGCGUUUGACUGUUUCAAACAGUAUGCACUCACCCGGUGUCCGAUAACCAAUUGGUCUGAAUUGCGUCAGAUCUACAUAUCACUGGUCAAAGCCGAAACCAAACCCAAAUGCAAUGCCUAUCCGUACGGCACACGUAAGUGCAGAAACUGGCGGUCAUAAUGAUAGACAUCAUCAAUGAUAUGAUAGAAAACAGUAAUUCAAGUCAUCUGAUUAUAUAUACUGUU